AUGUCGUAUACACCGUAUACACCGCCCACGGGCACUGUUCCUCCAACGUCGACGACGUACCCAUAUAGCGCGUACCAGACUCCCUAUCCAGGCACUUAUGCAUACCAGAACCCAUACGCCACGGGUGUGACGAGCUAUGCAUGGCCAUACCCGUACGGUUACAUGGCUCAGCAUCCACAGGCUGCUCAAUUACAGAGGGCCCAAACGCAGCUUGCGGCGCCAAUAAGAACAGCUCCUGCUACACCAACAGUCAGUACUCCAGCUCCGACGGCGGCAGCACAAACGACGACUACUGCUCAGGUAGCCACCGUACCGACUGCCCCGGUCACCGCGACUACAACCACGACUCAGGCGGCACCCGUUGUAGCGACACCUGCUGCACCCCAACGUACUGCAACGACAACGUUUUCAACGUAUACCCCCGCGUAUGCACCGCGUGAAACUACCAUUCCGACGUCUGCUUCUAACCAGAAUCUGGGAGCAGUUGGGGGGCGUCGGAGACAGUCGAAUUUAAGGGGAUUGUUUACCAAGGAUUUAAGGAGCUUGAUGUACGGCUUUGGAGACGACCGGAACCCAUCCAACGAUACCGUCAAUGUCAUGGAGGAAAUCCUCAUAGAAUAUAUCACGGAUGUGUGCCAGGUUGCAGGAGCGAACUCCAAAAGGGCUCGGCUCUCUGUAGAAGACCUGCGUAAGGCGCUAUCCCGACCUGCAGACGCGAAGAAGCUGGCUCGUCUGGAGGAACUCAUUUUCAUGCAAGAAGACAUCAAGAGAGCGAGAGGCAUGUUUGACGAGUCCGACUCCAUUCAGAAUUCUACGAAAUUCUAGAAAGAGCAAGGCGUCGAUUCGCUGACAUCCGAUGCUUUCGUCGUGCUGACUUGGACAUGAAAGGUCGACGUUGAGUUUGACCGAGGAUUG